AGGAGGGUUUAAAGGCGGCCAUUCCUUCCUCUAUGAAUUCUAUCUCCUGAACAAAUAUCUCCACCAUCUCAAAAUCUGCCUGUCUCAACUUGUUUCCCUUGAUUACAUUCUUUCAAAGUCUCAAAUUCCUGACACUUUGAUGUUCAGCAGCAAAAACCCACCUAUUUCUGCCGAUCAUUUGAUUCCCUUUGAUAAACCCAUAAUACCUUUCCAAAAUCCUCCAAGGAUUUCCACCGUUAUGUGGAGAAGGAUAGCCAGGCAAACAAUUUCAAGAGCUUCCUUUUGGCCCCCAUUUAGUUCUAAAUGCUUUGCGCGUACCUAUGGCUUUCUGGGUCUCUCUAAAGAUUCCGUUUUGCCAGAGAAAUUCAUGGUUCGGUUGGAUGAACUUGGUUCUCGCUCGAAUUCGAGGUUUCUUUAUAUGGGUAGUCUAAGAAUUGGUGAGAUUUUGGCACAUGACGAUUGUAUUGGGAAACCAGACUUUGGGUUCUGCAAUGGGUUAUGCCCAAGAGGGUAUGCGAGUGUGGCAGAGGCAAUUCCGUCCACUGAUAUUGAAGAAGAGGUGUCUAUUGUUGAUGAAGUUCAAGAAUUGUUGCAGGAAAUGAGGAAAGAGGAGAGGAAAGUGGCUAGUUUUAACCGCAGAAGACAGCAAACUGAAGUGGAUGGGAUGGGGCCAGGUAAGUACCGAUAUUUAAGGAGAAGGCAAGUGAAGAUUGAAACUGAGGCGUGGGAAAGAGCAGCAAAUGAAUACAGGGAGCUCUUGGUGGAUAUGUGUAAGCAAAAAUUGGCACCAAAUUUGCCGUACAUGAAGUCAUUAUUUCUUGGUUGGUUUGAGCCUUUGCGUGAUGCAAUUGAUAAGGAGCAAGAAUUGUGUAGGUUAGGGAAGCAUAAGACAACAUAUGGCCCCUGUUUUGAACAGUUGCCAGCUGAUAUGAUGGCAGUUAUUACAAUGCAUAAGUUGAUGGGGCUGUUGAUGACCGGAGUAGAAUCUGGGUGUGCCCGAGUUGUGGCAGCUGCUUGCACAAUUGGUGAUGCCAUUGAGCAGGAGGUUAGAAUACACAAAUUCUUGGAGAAAACCAAAAGGAAAAAGGUUGGUACAAGAAACAGAGAGGAAGAAGGUGAAGUUGAAUCUGAUGCUGUAUUAAAGGAGGAAGAGAAGUUAAGGAAAAAGGUAACAGCAUUGAUAAAGAAACAAAAGUUGCCAGCAGUUAGGCAGAUAGUGACUGAACAAGAUGAUUCAAGACCUUGGAGCCAGGAAGCCAAGGCUAAGGUUGGAAGCCGUUUGAUUGAGUUAUUAACGCAAACAGCUUAUAUACAGCCUCCAGUUGAUCAGUUAGAUGGUGGUCCACCUGAUAUUCGACCUGCAUUUAUACACACAUUCAGAACUGUGAUGAAAGAAAAUAAGAAGACUGGCAGAAGAUAUGGUGUCAUUCAAUGUGACCAACUAGUUCUCAAAGGUUUAGAGAGAACUGCAAGGCACAUGGUGAUUCCUUACAUGCCAAUGUUGGUUCCCCCAGUCAAGUGGACAGGUUAUGAUAAAGGAGCACACUUGUUUUUACCGUCCUAUGUCAUGCGAACACAUGGAGCCAAGCAACAACGUGAAGCAGUUAAAAGGGCCCCUAGGAGUGAACUAGAACCAGUCUUUGAGGCCCUGGACACGCUGGGAAUUACCAAAUGGAGAGUAAACAAGAGGGUUCUUAAUAUUGUGGAUAGAAUAUGGAGUAGUGGAGGCCGUCUUGCUGAUUUGGUGGACCGCAAUGAUGUUCCUUUACCAGAUAUGCCAGAUACCGAAGAUGAAGCAUUGCUGAGGAAAUGGAAGUGGAAAGUCAGAUCUGCAAAAAAGGAGAAUAGAGAGAGACAUUCACAGCGCUGUGACACGGAGCUUAAACUUGCAGUAGCUCGUAAAAUGAAAGAUGAAGAAGGUUUUUAUUAUCCUCACAAUCUUGAUUUUAGAGGGCGUGCCUACCCUAUGCACCCGUACUUAAAUCAUCUAGGUUCAGAUUUGUGUCGGGGUAUUUUAGAGUUUGCAGGGGGAUGCCCUCUUGGGAAGUCGGGAUUACACUGGUUGAAGAUCCACCUUGCAAAUCUAUAUGCUGGAGGCGUCGACAAAUUGUCUCAUGAGGGUCGAGUAGCUUUUACAGAGAAUCAUCUUGAUGAUAUAUUUGAUUCUGCGGACAAACCCCUUGAAGGAAGGCGUUGGUGGUUAAAGGCAGAAGAUCCAUUUCAGUGCUUAGCUGUGUGUAUUGAUCUUGCUGAAGCUUUGAGGAGCCCAUCUCCAGAGGCAUUUGUUUCACAUAUUCCAGUGCAUCAGGAUGGUUCCUGCAAUGGUUUACAACACUAUGCUGCUCUUGGCAGAGACAAGUUAGGAGCAGCUUCUGUCAAUCUUGUUGCUGGUGAGAAACCUGCAGAUGUUUACUCAGGAAUAGCUGUCAGAGUACUCAAUAUCAUGCAGAGGGAUGCAGAGAAGGAUCCUGCAGUUUUCCCAGAUGCCUUGCGUGCAAAAUUAUUGAUUAAUCAGGUGGAUAGGAAACUAGUGAAGCAGACGGUGAUGACCUCAGUUUAUGGUGUUACUUACAUUGGUGCUCGAGACCAAAUCAAGAGGAGGUUGAAAGAAAGGGGUUUAAUCACAGAUGACACAGAGCUUUUUGGUGCAUCUUGUUAUGCCGCAAAGACUACAUUAACUGCCUUAGGGGAGAUGUUUCAAGCUGCACGUGGUAUCAUGAAUUGGCUAGGUGAAUGUGCAAAGGUCAUUGCAUCUGAGAAUCAGCCAGUUAGGUGGACAACUCCACUUGGGCUUCCUGUUGUGCAACCAUACCGGCAAUUAGGAAGGCAUCUUAUCAAAACUUCCCUUCAAGUUUUAACAUUGCAGCGUGAAACUGAAAAGAUCAUGGUCAAGAGACAGAGGACAGCUUUCCCACCAAAUUUUGUUCACUCCCUCGAUGGUUCUCACAUGAUGAUGACUGCAGUUACCUGUAAAGAGGCAGGCUUAACCUUCGCAGGUGUCCAUGAUUCCUAUUGGACGCAUGCGCGUGAUGUGGAUGAAAUGAACAGGAUACUAAGAGAAAAAUUUGUUGAACUCUAUGAAACACCGAUAUUGGAGAAUCUGUUGGAAGGCUUUGAGAAGUCAUUUCCUACAUUAACUUUCCCUCCUUUACCAGAACGGGGAGAUUUUGAUCUACGAGAUGUGCUAGAAUCGCCCUAUUUCUUCAACUGAUCAGUUGCCUCUUGCCAAGGCUUCUCUUCAUUUCAGACUAGAGCAACCCAAGACCAGGCCACCUCUUGUUCUUCUCUGCUUGAACGUGUGAGACCCGUAAAGAAAAGCCGAGAGCCGAGAAGUAGUACGAGUUAGAUGCUGUGCCCCUCUACACCUAAAGAGGCACCCACAAAGGGAAAGAUCUCUUUAGGUGAAGAAUCCCUUCAGCUCGAUGCUUUGGUCGCACCAAUAUAGCAAGGGUGAUGAUAUGGAGGACGAAUAUACGGGACGAUUUUACAGGAUUAAUGACAUGACUUGUUGAUUUUCUGUCAUGUGGGACUCUCUUUAAAGUAAUAGUUUGCUGAGAUGGCUGUCACCUCAUGUUUUGUCCUCUGUUUUCAUCUCAUUUUAUCAUCCCAAUUAUCAUUAUUCAUGUAGCAAACUUGUAAAUAAUAUACUGCUCCAAUCUUUUUCCUAAAGUGACACAGCAAUCCAGAAUCUCCUGACAAAGAGCCGAAAGUUCAGAUGAAAUGGUGUAAUACUUUUUAAAUUCCAAUGUUAUCAGUCAUGCAUUCCUCUCAAGAAAGCAUGGGUUUUUGUUCUAGGAUGUUGGCUGAUUCAAUUUUUAUUAUUUUUAUUUUUUUACUGAUCAAUGUAAAGAACAUAUAUUGUAUGUUCUAGUAGGAAAUUUUAUUUUCAUUUUCAUUUUUCAAAACAUUGUUGUAGUGGUGCCAACCAUGUUGAAUUAUAUCCUAUAUUUAAGGAUUGAAUUCUGCACUUGUGUUGUGUAAAUUCAUAUUUCAUGCAUAAAAAGAAAAAUUCAAA